AUGUCAAAACGUCGAUCCAACUCUCUGACAUCGCUGGUCUCAAACACAUCCACAUCUUCCGAAUACUCUAUCACCAACUACAAGUUGUUCAGCAAGAAUCGUCGCAUAAUUCAGCGACAACACGAAGAGAAUGACAAGGCUGCUAUCUUCGUGAACUCGGCUACAGGAUUCUUGAUUUUUGUAACAUUUAUUCUGUUACCAAUCUUCUUCACCACGACAUUACAUCGUCGAGUAUUGGAGAUGGACCAGCAUCCUUGUGCUUACAACUUAUGUGGUGAUAGUAGAGAAGAUCCUUGGGUUAUGUACAGUGAACUAUGA